AUGAAACGCGCUUGUCUAGGCUGUGUAAGUUGUCUCAUUUUCGUGUCAGUAGUUUAUCAGGGCCAAGAAAGGCAAAAUGUAAUGAAUCUCUGCUCUGAUUUGCCUUUGUUUUAUUGCAUAUUUUAUAUUGUGAAAGCAAAAGUACGACUUCGUUUGGUGAAUUUUAAUUCCCCUGUCCACAAUCAAUUGGCAUCACAAUCAAUUGACUCAUCGCAAGGUCCGACUCAACCCGUACGACGUCCCUUUAGUGACACUGCUAUUUUAAUAUCUCCUUAUUCUACUCGACCCACAAGGACUACCAACGAAGUGACACAUAUACCUUCUCAACCUUCUACUUUCGAACCUCUGAGUAGGGAACAAGUUCCUCCAAGCCAACCGUGUCCUUUCAAUAAUUUCCCUUAUGGUACAGGAAUAUUUCCAGGAGUUCCACCACCUAUUGAACGGGAUCCGGAAUAUGCGAGAGAACAAUUUUCACUUCGUUAUGGAACUGUUAAUACUAAUGCCCACAAUCCCUUUUCGUCACAAUCAAUCGACUCAUCAACAGGUCCGACUCAACGUCGAUUUAGUGACACUGCUAUUUUACUAUCUCCUUCUUCAACCCGACCCACAAGGACUACCAACGAAGUGACACAUAUACCUUCACAACCUUCUACUUUCGAACCUCUGAGUAGAGAACAAGUUUCUCCAAGCCAACCGAGUCAUUUUAAUAAUUUCCCUUAUGGUGCAGGAAUAUUUCCAGGAGUUCCACCACCUAUAGAAGGGGAUUCGGAACACACGAGAGAACAAUUUUCAAUUGGUUAUGGGCCCCGUAACACUGGUGUCCACAAUUCAUUACAAUCAUCAUCAAUUGACUCAUCGCCAGAUCGGACUCAAAUCGUACAACCUCCCCCUAGUCGCGCUGACAUUUUACAAACUCCUUCAUUUUCGUCUUCUUCUUCUUCUCCAUCCACAAGGACUACUAACGAAGUGACACAUAUGCCUUCUCAACCUUCUACUUUCGAACCUCUGAAUAGAGAACAAGUUCCUCCAAGCCAGCCGUGUCCUUUAAAUAAAUCCCCUAAUUUUACAGGAAUACUUCCAGGAGUUCCAACACCUAUUGAACGGGAUCCGGAAUAUGCAAGAGAACAAUUUUUACUUGGUUAUGGGCCUCGUAAUACUGGUGUCCACAAUUCAUUACCAUCAUCAUCAAUUGACUCAUCGCCAGAUCCGACCCACACCCAAAAACGCCCCUUAAGUCGCACCGACAUUUUACCAUCUCCUUCUUCUACUCUAUCCACAAGGACUACCAACGAAGUGACACAUAUGCCUUCUCAACCUUCUACAUUCGAACCUCUGAGUAGAGAACAAGUUUCUCCAAGCCAACCGUGCUCUUUCAAUAAUUUUCCUUAUGAUUCAGGAAUACUUCCAGAAGUUCCACCCCCUAUUAAACAGGAUAUGGAAUAUGCGAGAGAACAAUUUUUACUUGGUUAUGGGCCUCGAAUAUUUCCAGGAGUUCCACCUCCUAUUAGGCAGGAUCUGGAAUAUGCUGAAGAACAAUUUUUACUCCGUUAUGGGCCACAGCGUCCUCCAUUUCCUCCAACUCAGAUGACUCCACAUCACCCACCGAAUCCGUAA